CUCCCAUCCGCUACUAACCCUAGCGACAGCCGCACCCCCGAUCGCCGGAGCUCCAGAUCCGCAGGUUCUCGCUUCCGCGCUGGUGGCGAGGCUACCGGAUCGGAGCCAAGAUGACGGAGGCGUUGGUGCGGAACAAGCCCGGGAUGGCCAGCGUCAAGGACAUGCCGCUGCUGCAGGACGGGCCGCCGCCGGGCGGGUUCGCGCCCGUGCGCUACGCGCGCCGCAUCCCCACCACGGGGCCCAGCGCCUGGGCCAUCUUCCUCACCACCUUCGGCGCCUUCUCAUGGGGCAUGUACCAGGUCGGGAAGGGGAACAAGGUCCGCCGUGCACUGAAGGAAGAGAAAAUCGCUGCACGUAGUGCUAUACUGCCAAUGCUCCAAGCUGAAGAGGAUGAAAGAUUUGUGAAGGAAUGGAAGAAGUAUCUUGAAGAGGAAGCGAGGAUCAUGAAAAAUGUUCCUGGGUGGAAAGUUGGCGAAAGUGUGUACAAUUCUGGGAAAUGGAUGCCUCCUGCAACCGGUGAGCUGCGUCCCGAGGUCUGGUAAAGCACAUGGUGGGUAACAUCAUGUCUUGAAGGCAUGAAUAAGGCUUUUAGACCUGGAUACCCCAAAAUUUGCUACGUGGAGUCCACUCCUGAGCACUUGUCGUGUAUUUCUUAUAUUGACGAAAUUUGGCUGGCUAAUAAUUGGAUAUACCAAGCCGACUUUGGUCCUAUAUGAAUUAUCUGUUUUUUUUAAGUAUGCUGCUUUUGUAAUCUUACGGCUAUAACUAUUUUGCCCUUGAUCUUUGUUUCUGUAUCUGCGGAAAACAUGGGUAUAUCGACAUGCCAGGAAAAAUUGGUGUCGUUUCUCUGAAA